AUGCUCGGUUGCUCGAAUAAUGAUUUUUCCGGACAGGAUUUAUCUUUUUUGUUGAAAAAUUCGGCUUUAGAAUACCUAAAUAUUGGUUACACCAAUUUCAGUAGUGGUUUAGAAUAUGUACCAGAUGGUGUUGAACGAUUUUACUGCUCUUAUUUUGAUCAUGAGGAUAAAAAAAUAAAAUUCAUUAAUCAAGAGUUAAUGAAAUAUGUGAAAGAUGUUAAUCCAGUAAUAAUUGAACGAUUAACUUACCAAAAUCAAAUAUUGGAAAGUGAAAAUAGCCAACUAAAAAAUGAACUCCAAAUGGAAAGGGAAGAAGUUGAAAAAGCCCUCCAAAAAGCCCAAGAAUGGAGGGAAAGACAAUUAAAAGAAAUAACCGAACAAAAAGAUGCUGAGAUUGAAAGACUAAAAGAAGAGAAUGCCAAUUUAAAACAACUAUUAGAUCAACAAGCCCAGAUUGAGGAAAAUAAAAAAGUUUACGACCAAGAUAACAAUUUUGAGGAUGUUUAUUCUGAUUUGAAAAUAAAAGAAACGCCCAAAAUGGGUUAUGGAAUUAUCUACGAGGGAAAAGGAAAAAAGUUUGUCAAUGAUAAAAAUGUUGUGUUAAAAGUUCCCUACGAAAUGUUUCUUUCUUUUGAAAAUAUUGUUAAUAGAGACUUUGAGAAAAGAGAUGGAUUUACUUUUUGA